AUGUCUCUCUCGGCAAUAUGUCUCAUCCUUAUUCUCACCCUCACAUCAGUCACAGCAACAUGUUACUGGCCCAACGGUGACACAGACAACAACUACAUCCCCUGCCCCAACAGCAAAUCCUGCUGUCUCAAGGGCGAAGCCUGCCUCUCCAACGGCCUCUGCUACGGCGCAACCCUCAACAUCGCCUAUCGCGGUGCCUGCGCCGAUAAAUCCUGGCCGGCCCAGGACUGUCCGCACGUUUGUCUCGAUUGUACCGUACCAGUUCUACCUUGCCGUAUGGCCUUGACUAAUUUGAAUAAAGCGAUCCCCGACCACUGGGCGAACCUCUACUCGUGCCCCAAUUCCUCGACAAAUGUGUUCACGUGCGGGUAUGCGGGGUGGGCGACGGACGUCUGCAGUGCGAAUCUGGGGCAGUGGCUGUGGGUGAGUGGGGACGUGGAGGUUGCGAAGAAUGGAAAUCCGAGCCCAUCUGCCUCUGCUUCGACGGUGCAGGACAUUAUCACAACCACGUCGUCGGUUUCUGGUUCGUCUACGGGGACGCCGAGGGGGACGAUUAAGGGCGAUAUCGUCACGACUACUGGGUCUGCGACUGCCACGGCCACGGGGACAGGGACAGAGACGAGUACUCCGAAAUCCACGGAUACCUCUAUCUCUGCGAUGACGCUCGGGGCGGGAUUAGGGGUUGGACUAGGCGUCCCAUUGCUUGUCGUAUCGGGGUUACUAAUCUUUUUUAUCCGGAUGAGAAGGCGAACGCCGGCAGCGCCAGCACCACGGGGCAAUGAAAAGCCCUACCCCGGAGCUGCGUACUAUACAGGCCCGGCGGAGAUUGCUACGCAGAGACACAACAUGGCGACGGAGCUGGAGGGGUCGAGGCAUCUACCGGACCGACCGGAGUUAUAUGGGUAG